AUGUCGUUUGACACAACUGCUUCUAAUACAGGACAUAUAACUGCAGCAUGUGUAGCUUUUCAAGAGCGUUUGGGUAAAGCUCUCUUUGGGUUAGCUUGUCGUCACCACAUUGGAGAAAUUAUAUUGUCACAUGUGUUUGACGAUUUAAAAAUUGAAGUAUCGAAGUCACUAGACAUAUCUGUGCUUAAAAGAUUUCGCAAACAUUAUACAAUACUGCAGUUUGUGGAAGAGAGGAAAUACAAAUGUCGUGAAGAAUGGCCAGAUGCUCAAUCUGAAAGAAUUUUUAAUAUCUACUUAGAUGUUGUUCUGCUCGUCAUACCUCUACUGAUAAUGAUAAUUUUCUACUCCCUUAUUGCUCGGAAGCUUUGCAUUGGUUCGAAACUGAAUUUUAACAAGGGAAAAAGAACAGAUCAAAAUGGGUCCAGCAAUCCCGAAAGACAAUACUUGAACCCUUUAAGACCAUCCCCAAGCAAUGGUUUGAGCUUGCGGAAAGAGAUAGCUCUAAAAAUUGGUGGAAGAAAUAAGACAACUAAAGGCACGCCACUGCGGGGUAGCUACGAAAAAAACCAAGCUGCAAAAACAAGAGUUGUCCGUAUGCUGUUUGUCGUGGUUGUAGAAUUCUUCUUAUGUUGGACACCACUUUACGUGGUGAACACUUGGGCUCUUUUCGAUGCAAAAACAAUAUAUUCCUCUUUAGGAUACGUUGGCAUAUCAGUGAUACAUCUUCUGGCAUAUGUAUCUUCGUGUUGCAAUCCUCUGACGUAUUGUUUCAUGCACAAAAAGUACAGACAAGGAUUUUUAGCUGUGAUAGGCUGCAAGAAAAAUAAAAGAUGGCAUUUUGGAGGACAAAACAGUGAGCGAUCUGGUACAAUGCGAGCUGUGCCACCUGCUCGCUUCGCUCGUCUACCUGCGAUCGCCGAAUGCGGUGGCUCAAUGCCGCCUGUGGUGAUUAGCAAUUAA